CGCCUCGUCGUAGCCGUCCUCGGAGACACAAACCGAGUCCCGGCGCGGGGAUCCGCCGUGAAGCCGGGCCCCGGGGAAGGCUGACGGGACUUGGCGGAGCUCGGGGGGCACCGGAGCGGGGCACGGAGCCGCCUGGAAGCCCCGAGCAGGCUGGUCCCGGAGCCGAGGCGAGCUGAGAUUUGCCAGCCCUGAGCUUUUUUCUUUUUCUUUUUUUUUUUUUUUUACUCUCUCAUUCUCCGCAGCUCUCCUCCGGGGCAGCGGCGGUUUCGUCUGCGCGCAGUAGCAGGAAGCGUUUAAAAGACCUUUCCGGGGGUUGUUUCUGUUCCUGCCUUAUUGCUAGGUCGGAUGCUGUCGCCACCCUGAGGGAGCGCGGAGGCAGGAGUCUGCCGGGGGGGCUGAUCCGCUUGUGCUCCGGACCAUGGACUCAUUGAGGGCGGCCCAGGUGUGAAAAUGUCCAGCAGCAACCGGGACUUGGUGAUUGACUUUGUUUCCUACAAGCUGUCGCAGAAGGGCUACAGCUGGAGCCAGCUGGAGGAGGAGGAUGAGAACAGGACUGACCUCGCGGCGGAGGCCGGCACGGACGGGGUGCUCAACGGGAGCCCGUCCUGGCACCCGCCCGCCAGCCAGGUAGUGAACGGCGCCGCCGUGCACCGGAGCAGCCUCGAGGUCCACGAAAUCGUUCGGUCAGCCGCCGUGAGGCAGGCGCUGCGAGAAGCGGGGGACGAGUUUGAGCUGAGGUACCGCCGGGCCUUCAGCGACCUCACCUCCCAGCUCCACAUCACCCCCGGCACGGCGUACCAGAGCUUCGAGCAGGUGGUGAACGAACUCUUCCGCGAUGGAGUGAACUGGGGGCGCAUCGUGGCUUUCUUCUCCUUCGGAGGGGCGCUGUGCGUGGAGAGCGUCGACAAGGAGAUGCGGGUACUGGUGGGGCGCAUUGUGGCGUGGAUGACCACGUACUUGACCGACCAUCUAGACCCCUGGAUCCAGGAGAACGGCGGAUGGGAGCGGUUUGUGGACCUCUACGGGAACGAUGCUGCUGCGGAGAUGAGGAAGGGCCAGGAGACCUUCAACAAAUGGCUCCUGACCGGGGCGACGGUGGCCGGAGUGCUCCUGCUGGGAUCCCUGCUGAGCCGCAAGUGACCCGCCGUCCCGUCCCGUCCCGUCCCGUCCCGUCCCGUCCCGCCCUGCCCCGUCCAUCCCGUCCCGUCCCCAGGACGGCUGCGCCUUCACCGCCACAUCCACUACACGGCUCCCGAGCACCGCCGCUGUGGGGGCAGACCCCCCGCGCCUCCCGGGCAAGCGCCCUGCUCGGCGGAGCUCCCUCCCUCGCGCCGCCAGCUCCUUUUCUCGUAGCUCCUCUUAUUUGACCGUUCCGUUGUGUUUGAAAGGCGCUGAGACCGAUGCAGCACUUCAGCCGACAGCUCCCAGCGCUGGGGAGAUCCAGGCAGCCGGGGGCGGGGGGGGGGGGAGCGCUGGCUAGAAGGCGUCCCAGCCCUGCGGGGUCCUUUAGAUCACUUUGAAGAGAAUAAACAGACUUAUUUUUGCAUGU